AUGGUUCCAUCUCAGACUAGAAGAUCAACAUUGGCAUAUUGCAUAAUUUUCAGAGUUCAUAAUGCAGGACUUAUCAAACUCAUUCAAUUGUCCCAACUUUCUGCUUACAGACAAAUGGGAUGGGAAAACCUGACCAGCGUCUCAGAAUUUUUCCUCCUGGGGCUCCCUGCACAGCCAGAGCAACAGGAGGUCCUCUUUGGGCUGUUCCUGUCCAUGUACCUGAUCACAGUGGCAGGCAACCUCCUCAUCAUUCUGGCCAUCAUCGCUGACGCUCAACUUCACACUCCCAUGUAUUUCUUCCUGGUCAACCUCUCCCUUGCAGACACCUGCUUUGUGUCCACCACAGUCCCCAAGAUGCUGGCAAACAUAUGGAUCCAGAAUCAGGUCAUCUCAUAUGCGGGGUGUCUAUCACAACUAUAUUUUUUUAUGCUGUUUGGGAUGCUGGAGGCAUUCCUCUUAGCAGUCAUGGCCUAUGACCGCUAUGUGGCCAUAUGCCACCCACUCCAUUACAUCAUGGUCAUGAGCCCUGGGCUCUGUGUCUUCCUCGUGUCUGCAUCUUGGAUCAUGACUGCCCUCAGCUCCCUCUUACACACACUCUUGAUGAACAGCCUGUCCUUCUGUGCAGACCACGAGAUCCCACACUUCUUUUGUGACAUCAACCCCCUUCUGAGUCUGUCCUGCACUGACCCCUUCAUCAACGAGCUGGUGAUCUUCACCAUUGGCAGCCUCACAGGUCUGGUUUGCGUGCUUUGCCUGGUUAUCUCUUACACGUACAUUUUCUCCACCAUCCUGAAGAUCCCCUCAGCUCAGGGGAAGAGGAAAGCCUUUUCUACCUGCAGUUCUCACCUGUCUGUGGUCUCUCUAUUCUUUGGGACAUCCUUUUGUGUUUAUUUCAGUCCCCCCUCAACCCGCUCAGCACAGAAGGGAGCUGUUGCUUCGGUGAUGUACACUGUGGUCACCCCGAUGCUAAAUCCCUUUAUCUACAGUUUGAGGAACAGAGACAUCAGGUCUUCCCUGAGAAAGGUAAUCUGGUUUAGGAAAAUGCACUCCCCUCAGUGGUAG